GUACAACUUGAGGGAAGGCAAUAAUUUAAAGUCAAGGACAUUUGGAUGUGUCCAACCAUCAAUCCCGAUUUGUCAUUUCCGAGCGUCAAAUCAAAUUAUGGGGUUGCGCUGUUGGACAGAUUGACGAAGAGUGUACUUGGAAUCCCCACUCCUGAAACUGAGUUAAAACCUCAAAAAUUAAAAGAACAUUUUGAGGGUGCGUUGUACGAACUGUUUUUACUCAAGUCAAGGCUGCAAGAAAAAUGUUCUCAGAUGGAGGUAAAAUGUCGAGAGGAUGAGUGGUCGUUUCGUUCUGCUAUCGAAAGGCUAAAAAAGGAUUUAACUGAUCUUAGUCAGCAAUUCUGCAAGUUAGAUACUGAAGUUCAUAUGGUAUCUGGAAAGUUGGUCCAUUUAGGCGACCAGUUAGAAAGGAAAAACUUGCCGAGAAAACGAAUUGAAGAGGCACGUGAUUUGAUACUUGAAUUUUAUAAAUUCUGGGGUUUUGGAGGAGGAAGUGUCACUAAUGUAGUAAGCACUCAAUCAGAUGAAGCCCAGCUACUUGAAGCCGCCACUCGAUUCAAAAAUCUGAGUUCGUUGUGCUUGGAGCUACCAGAUGAUGAACGUUUCUUAAAUGCAAAACAAAGAGUUACAGUCGCCUGUCAACACUUGGAUACAGCUUUACUUGAAAGAUUUAGAGCAAACUUUCUUGCGGGCAAUGUUGAGACAAUGAAGAGCAUAGCAGAUGUACUUCUUCUUUCCAAAAACUACUCUCAAUGUGCUGAGAUCUUGGUCGAAGAAACAGUAAAGACGAUAAAUCCCAACAAGAUUAGUUUUAAAGAUAUUACAAGGUGUUUGGUUUCGAGUGAAAAGCUAAUAAUGACCUUAUUCUUAAGACCAGAUUCAGUCCUGAUGCAGCUAAUGCAUAGUCUUUUCACAACAAAAUUAAAAGUAUACUUGAGUAAUCAUAUGAAGGAAGAGUUGAAUGCACAGGCAUUUUUAACUAAUUUGUACAAUGAAUAUCGAAACGUGGAAAAGUUAGUUGUUGAGCUAUCUAAUGAGUUGACUUUAAUUACGGAUCCAAUGCAACUGUCCAAAUUAUUUCGGGAAUUAUUUGCUCCAUAUUUAGUUGAUUACAUGAAACGAGAAUCUGACUGGUUAACUGAACGCUUAACAGGUCACCUUGAACAUUAUUAUCAAAGUCAAAGGCAUCAAAAACGUGCACUAAAUGUUUCUGGCUUGGCUGAACUUCGUCGAGAUCUCCAAGCUAAGUUUCAUAUCACUGGUGGUGAUCGAUCACAAAAUGACUACGAUAUAUCUUUGUUAUCCGAAGAAGUCGCUGUUAAUAUUAUUGAAGAUAUUCGGCGUGCUGCCAAACGAUGCUUGCUCUUAUCCCAACCUACUGCUAUUCCAGACAAUGGCAAAUUCAUAUUUAAUUGUUUGUAUCACUAUCUAAUUGUUGAACACGUGGAUUAUGGUGUUACUAUAGGUUUGCACGGUUUGAAUAUAGCCGAUCCUCGAAGUAGCAAUCCAAACCUAGUCUUCUUCUCAAUAAUUCAUGAAGCCACAUCCAUUUUUCACUUUUUUGAGAAAACAAUUGAUGAAUCCAUUUUACCAAUGAUUAUUACGAACCCAUCAUAUGCAAGUGAAAUCUCUGUCAAACGUAACGAAUUGAAACAAUAUUUGGAAGGUAAAUUCUGUACUGGUUUAGAAAAGUGUCUAAAUCUGGCUAUCUCUCGUGUUCAAUAUUUAUUAUCCAGUGAACAGCGAAAAACUGAUUUUCGCCCAGAUAUAAAUGCUAACUCAGGAAUAAUUGCUGGUAAUCCACCAUCACUUGCAUGUCAACAUGUGGUUGGUUUCAUAACCCACAUCAACCGUGAAACCCAUCAACAUCUAGAUGGUCAAAAUUUAAAAACAUUUUUACAUGAAUUUGGAAUGAAACUAAAUCGCACAUUAGUAGAUCAUUUUUACAACUUUACCUUCUCUGACACAGGUAAGUAUUUAUUCUUACUAUAGAAUUCUUUUCCUCUUCGAAAUUAAUUUGAAAAACUCAAUGAGUUAGUUUCGUGCAUCAGAGCUAUUGAUUUCAUGUGGAGCGAUCAAAAAGACACGUAAAUCUUUAUAGUAACGACUCACUGGUUGCAAAAAGAAGUCAACUCAUCCCUGUCAUAAAUUUUCCCACCAUCUGAGUAAAGGUCUCACGUAAAUCAAAGUGUGAUGUAACAAAUCAUUAACCUUUUAAAGAAUAAGGAGUUCACUGUAUAUUUUACUCGGGUCUAAUAACUUCGUCAGUGCAUAAAGAAAGAAUUUUUCAGAACAAAUGAAGUUCAAAACUUAGUGAGAUGGAGGUUGAUUUUUUAAAUUGGAGUACAUAGUUCACGGUUUCAAAAAACCUUAUGUAUGAAAAUGUUGACAGAAUGUAAUCGGAUUGAAACCAAGUGUUAAAGCUUAGUCCCAUAUGUACGAUUUCUUCCUCUUCAGAAAAUGUCAAGCUAUGAAGUUAUGCUGUAGUUCCACAUGUACUUCAACUGUGGGAAUGCUGCCAUCGCUUUGCCAAUCCUCGCCUUUAGGUCUGCAUCUGAUCCUCCUUGUUCAUCGAUGGUGCUGCCCUCCUCAGGUGGAUUUGUUGCGAUGCAAGAUGUAACUGCCUACCGAGAAAUUGCAAAGCAUUUUGAGAGUCCAACUGUUAAUGUUGUUUUUGAUGUACUGUUUAAGCUGAUGAAUCUCAUGCUAAUUAAGCCAGAAAACGUACAACAAGUUGUUCAAGAUUAUUUGCAGUCAGGAAUGCCAAGAGAUUUGUUGAUGAACUUCAUUCAACUUAGAACCGAUUAUAAGUCAGCAAAACUACAAAAUGUGAUACAGUUCAAAUCAACAAGAUAAUAUUUUUUCAGUUAUUUAUUAUUAACAAUUCGUGUUCUUCAAGUACUCCAUAAUUUCUUCAUUACUUGCACCAUUUUUAAACAUUUCAGUUAUUUUUUGUGAAUAUCUGUUAUUAAAUAAAACUUCAGCUGUUAG